AGCGUCAUCUGAAGUCUUGAAGUAAUGCGAUGGUGCCCUAAACGACGGACAAAGAACUGAAAAGUGCCAGAAUGCGCGCGUUUCAUGGUGUCUGGCAGGGCAACCUUUCAGCAUCGCGGUACCGUCCUCGUGUCACGUCCCUUCUCUCCAUAGGGUCUUCGGUGUCAUAGCCGUCGAAGAGACCGGGGUGUCUGGCUGGCUGAGGGGAGAUAUGUGUGUGCUUGCGCCUGCGUGACGGCUGAAGCGGAGCUGUUUGAGGAGGUUCAGCUCCCUUUCUGUAGCUUUCUUUUUACCUCCAUAGGAACUCUGCGCGACUGCUGCACGGUGUGGAUUCCCUACGAGGCGCGUGUUGGUGCUUCAAACGCCGUGGCUUUUCGCACACGUCUGCUUUCUCUAGUAGUGAACGAAUCGUACUGAGUUCUCUCGUUGUUCUAUGUGAGUCUUUCUGCAUUCGAUUGCUGCAGCUGCUGAGAGUGUUGUACUGCGACGUAAACAAAGCAGGCGCGUCGCUGUUGCUUCGAGGGGAACAUGGGAGGUUUGCCCUCUCUCCACAUGACAAAGUCCACCCCAGCGUGUACACGGUGCGUUGAUGUGUUUUUCUUCUUUUUUGCUUGGUGUGCCGUGCAGUCAACUCGUAGACGGUUCGAGUCCUCCGGCGCACGAAAGCAACUAUCUGGUCCUGCCGAACAGCACGCUCAGCCCCUCUUCAUGUUUCUCCUCGUUACCACUACUCCCACCACUCUUACCGCUUCUCUUAUUUCUGUUUGGUAGUGCCAUUAAACGCUCAACGUCUCGCACAUUUCUUAACUUUACGCGCUUUGGUGAGAAGUCUAUUAUAAGCAUCACCACCUGCUGCCUUCUUGAUUAGCUCACCGCUUGUAUCAAGUCUGUUCCCCUCAUCUUUCUCGACUCUCUCAGUGCGAGAUAUAUAUUCGAUUGCACCCGAGAAAACGAGAAGGAAGGAAGGAAGAAAACAGCAGUGAAAGCACAACGCCAAGCUCGUACCUUAACUUUUCCUAAAUUCCUCUGUUUCUCUUCGUUGCACCUCUUUUUCAUAAAGUAAAACGAAAAGGGUUGUACGAACAAUGCCGCUCGUGAUCAAUGAGCUGUUCCGCUUCCGGAUGCUGAUGGCAGGUGUGUUCGCUGGCCUCGCCAUGAGCUCCACAUACGGCUUCAGCAUCUUUACUAAUCACAUGAAGUCGCAAUACGGCUUCAACCAAGCGGAUAUCACCACCAUCAGCACCGUGGGUAACUGCUGUGGGUACCUCGUGUUCUUCGCCGGUAUUCUGUUCGAUUACACCGGUCCGAAGGUGCUUUUUGUCGUUUCGGGAGUAUUGGGCUUCCUUGGCUACGUACUCUUUGGUUUGGCUUUUGAUGGCAAGAUCACGAGCAACAGCAAGGAGGUGGCGCUGAUCCAGUUCUGCAUCUUCAACGCCAUUCUCUACUUCGGCUGCCCUUCCAUGGACGUGGCUACGCUGAUGCCGCUCAUGGCGAACUUCCCCUUGGAGCGCGGCUACAUGGUCAUCAUCGAGAAAACCUUCUCCGGCCUUGGCACCUCGGUAUUGAUGGUGUACUUCAACGGGUGGUUUGCGAACACGACGGACCCGCUCAAGAGUCACUUCUCCGGCUACGCGUACUUUGUUGGUGCGCAGAUUCUCUUGUGCGCGCUGCUCGGCUGCUACUUCAUCGAUUUGCCUCCGUACAUCCCUUGCCAGUACCGCAAGAACCGCCUCACGGAAGAACAGGCUGCGGAGCGGCAGAGGACGCUGACCGUUUAUAAUUCUCAGCACGCCCCGCUGCGCCGGCUGUACAUCGGCUGCGCCAUCGUCGGUGCGAACCUUGUUUUCCUCACCGUGAACUCCAUCGUCACGGGCUACAUCCCCACCACGAAGAACGGCUACAUCGCCAGCUCGGUGGUAGCGGUGGCGCUGCUCGCCUGCUUUGCGAUUAUGGCGCUGCCCAUCCAAGCGCUGGGUCAUUACCCUGUGAUUAAGCGUGCGCAUCCGCACUUCCCCGGUCUGGGCUACACCGACGAUCACGAGGACGAUUUUGCAGAUAUCGACGCCAUGGUGGCCAUGGAGGCGGUGGCGGCGGCAGAGAAACUGGAGGAGGACAGCGCCAACGCCAUGCCACAGCAGCCGGUAGAGGGAAUGGAGGUGCAGGUGGGCAAUGCUGCUGGCAUGAACUCCGCUGCUGCUGCUGCGCGGUCGCCUGCGGAGAACACCCUCGCCGAGGCUCAGCACGGCAACAAUGGUGCUGCGGUCGGUGAUUGCGAACCUGUAAAGAAGGCGCCGAAGCCGCCGGUGAACAGCGCCGUCGGCAAUCCGCAGUACACCUCCACUUUCUGGCACAACCUUCUCACAAUUGAUAUCUGGCUUUUCUGGAUCAGCUUCUUUGGCGUGUGGGGCACCGGUACGGUGAUGCAGAUGAACGCGGCGCAGCUGUACCGCAGUAUCAACUACGGUGUCUACGAGCAGUCGAGUGUGACGCUGUACGUCGCACUUAUCGGCGUGGGUAGCGCUAUUGGUCGGGUGGUGUCCGGUGUUCUGGAUAUGUACAUGACGAUGCGCAAGCGCGACGGCAAGAAGGAGAUCCUCAUCACGGCCUUCUUCCCGGUCGGCUGCAUCCUGUUAUCCAUCGCUUACCUCUUCUUUGCGGUGAUGCCGGCCAACGGUCUCAUCCUCCCUUUCCUGGUGGGCGCCAUCGGCACCGGCAUGGGCUGGGGCCUCGGCGCCCUCUGCGUCCGCACCGUCUACGCCAAUGACAUCGGCAAGCACUACAACUUCAUGUUUUCCUCCGGCUUCGUCUGCACCAUCGCCUUGAAUCGCUUCAUGUUCGGCACCAUGUACGACAAUGAGGCGAGGCGGCUCAACACGCUGCCCAACUGCAACCAGCCGUCAUGCGUGCGCAACCAGAUGUUUAUUGUGAUGGCAGUGAACGCCCUCUCCGCGGUGACCGCCUUUCUCGUGCACCUCCGUUUCAGCCGCUUCGUGGUGCGUGAGCGGGCGAAGCAAGCUCAGGAGAUGACGGCUGCGGAGGCCGCCCCUGUGGAGACGCUGCCGGACCGCAUGCCCAUCGAGGAGAGCUCAGAGACUCAUCAGUAG